UGAGAGCUUGGAUGAAGAAUGCUUCAACAUCUCAAAUCCAGACACAUGCCUUGCUUCCCAGAUGGCUCUGAUCACCUUGAUCGCGGUUCCUCUCUCCAGCAUCAUCAUCAUAGGAAACCUGUUCAUCAUGGUGGGGAUCAUCGGCAACAAGAGCCUUCACAACCCCACUAACUACUACUUCCUGAGCUUGCUGCUGGCUGGCCUCGCCACUGGCAUCAUCCUGCCUUCCAUCCCCAUGAUGAACUUCAAGAGUGAGUUUGCCUUCCAGGUCUGCUUCUUCUUCCAUCUCUUCCCAAACUUCAUCUUCCUGGCCUUCCUCUCCAACCUGCUGGUGGUUCACUAUGACAGGUACGUCUGCAUCAUCUCUCCUUUCCAGUAUGCCAUUUCCUGGAUUCACAAGUAUGUCCCCAUAGUCAUAUUCACCGCCUGGCUCCUGCCCUUGCUGUUUGCCUCGUUGCCCCUGUUUGGCUGGAACAACUGGAGCCCUGGUGCCCCGCAUUGCUAUUUCAAAUGGAUUUUCCCCCCAGCCUACAUCUACCUGGAGAUGUACGGCCUGCUUAUCCCAUCCAUCUUAGCCAUCACAGCAAUGACGAGCCAAGUCCUCCACGUGGCACGAAAGCAAAUGAAAGCAAUUAAGAAGAUGCAUCGAGCAGUGCACAGUGACUCAGCUUCUCUUGAGAAACAACUGGACUUUAAAUACACCAAGUGUGUCAUGAUGCUGUUUAUAACCUUCCUGGUUUGCUGGGUCCCUUACAUUGUUUUCAUCCACGUCUCGUUCUUUGUGAAAAACAGUGGUUCGAGGACGCGCAUCAUCCUGUCCUGUUUAGGAACCAGCAGUGCUGCUUUUGUCCCCUUCAUCCUAGUCUUCAACAACAAGGAAUAUUUCAAACUGUGGCGAAAAAUUUUCCGAAGGGUUUGCCAAAUGUGCGGCAGUGACGCUAGCGUCAACUGA